UCUCUCGGAUCGGUUGGAUGGCUGGCUUGGCCAGUCGCUCUUCUCGGCUUUCACCUAGCCGAUAUACACUGAUACCACGCAAUCCGAUCGUAUGUAUAUACAAUCGUCGAGAGAGAGUGAGAGAACCUUUGACAGGAACUCCACCAGCUGUUUAGUCACGACCCCCUUUUCAUAGUUACCUCGGUGAACAGUUACCUUAGGUUUUUUUUUUUUUUUUUUAUUUUUUUGUUCAUGGGAUCAAUCCUCCAUAGACGAGUGACAAUUGCAUUAGAUGAUGAUCCUUUGAAAAAUCGUGAGUGAAAAUAGUGUGUCUUGGUCCAGAAGAGGCAAGGAUAGAAAGUGCAGCGACAAUAACAACGGAGCCAACAGCUGAUACUGUUUUACCAAAAUGGCCAAAAAUCAGCAACAAAAUGGAGUGGUACCCGGAGGAGGAGGCGGCACAGGGGUCGAUGACUUUUCCGAUGACGACAGUACACCCCUGACUCAAGAUUAUGUCGGAAGUCAACGGACAGUUGUUGAGACAAAAGCAUGGGACGUAUUCAGGGAUCCACCUCCAAAAAUCGAUUCCGGAUCGAUGGCAAAUCAAAGAUGUGCCGAAGUAACAGUUCAAAUUACAAAAGUAAUUGUUUAUUUACUAGUCUUCGUCAUAGUUCUUGGCAGUGGUGUCGUCGCCAAGGGAACCAUACUUUUCAUGACUUCACAGCUGAAAGCUGGUCGGGAAAUAGUUUAUUGCAAUGUACAAUUAGGCCGGGAAAAGCAAUUUAUAGUUACGUUACCCGAAGAAGAGAGGAUAGCAUGGAUUUGGUGCAUCAUCAUAGCUUUUUCUCUCCCUGAAUUUGGGACUUUAGUUCGUAGUAUUAGAAUGUGUAUAUUUAAGUCUUGGAAGAAGCCAAUUUCUUCACAUUUUUUUCUCAUCUUCUUGAUGGAGACCCUUCACGUUAUGGGUUUGGCUAUCAUGUUCCUUGCAAUUCUCCCCGAGUUGGACGUCGUCAAAGGAGCGAUGCUUACAAAUUGUGUUUGUUUUGUUCCUGGACUUCUUGGCCUUCUCUCAAGAAAUAAGAACAAAGACGAGUCAAGGAGAUGUGUUCUCGUUCUAGUGGAUUUAGCAGCUUUAGCUGCCCAAGCAACGGGAUUUGUAGUAUGGCCUUUACUUGAUAGUUCAAAUACUUCUUUAUGGCUAAUUCCACCGGCACUUAUUAUGGUAUCAUGUGGAUGGUGGGAAAAUUAUGUUUCCGUAAGAAGUCCAAUAAGUAUAGUGAGAGUAUUAGGAAGAGUAAAAAAAGAACUAAGGGUGACGAGAUACUUUACCUAUGUGUUUGUAUCAAUAUGGAAGGUAAUUGCUUUCUUCAUUACUUCACUGUUGAUUCUUCAAGCUCAAGGCCAAAAUGUUGGUCAUCUUUUCUCAAUGAUGGGAACGGCCUUUAGUGAACAUAAAAUAAUUGUCCACGCUGUUAGACAAGCAGGAUCCGAAAGAAUAACCGAUUUAUCGGAAAUAAUUCGAAUAGGCGAAACUGAAAUUGUAAAUGCCGAUUACAAUACACCAAUUUAUGUUCUUCUUUUGCAAAUUUUUGGCGCCUAUUUCGCUUACGUAUUUGGAAAGUUUGCGUGUAAGAUCCUGAUUCAGGGAUUCAGUUACGCAUUUCCAGUGAGUCUGACGAUUCCAGUUUCUAUAUCGUUACUCAUAGCGGCUUGUGGUAUUCGCAACAGCAACCCUUGUUUCUUUCAUGGGACAAUACCAGAUUAUCUCUUUUACGAAUCGCCUCCUUUGUACUUACUUAACGAUUUUAUUUCCAAACAAUACGCAUGGGUUUGGUUACUUUGGCUACUCUCGCAAACAUGGAUUACACUUCAUAUUUGGACACCAAAAUGCGAACGUUUAGCUGCAACGGAAAAGCUUUUUGUUGUGCCAAUGUACGAUUCUCUACUUAUUGAUCAGUCAAUGGGACUCAAUCGAAAACGUGACGAUCAACCUGAAGUCAAAGUCGAGGAUUUAGCUGAAAUAGAAAAAGAAAAAGGCGACGGUGAUUAUGAAACAAUUUAUGAACAAACUGAUGGCACAAGUACUCCUCCAUCGGUAGUGAAAAAUAGUGAUCAUGUUACGAGGAUUUAUGCUUGUGCGACAAUGUGGCACGAGAACAAAGAAGAAAUGAUUGAAUUUUUGAAAAGUAUUCUUCGAUUAGAUGAGGAUCAAUGUGCAAGACGUGUUGCUCAAAAAUAUUUAAAAGUUGUUGAUCCUGAUUAUUAUGAAUUUGAAACUCAUAUAUUUUUCGAUGACGCUUUUGAGCUUUCUGAUCAUGAUGAGAAUGAAAGUCAAGUGAAUAGAUUCGUGAAACUCUUAGUGGGUACAUUGGAUGAAGCAGCUUCAGACGUUCAUCAGACAAGGAUGCACGUGAGAGCUCCAAAGAAGAUUCCAACUCCGUAUGGUGGUCGAUUAAUUUGGACACUGCCAGGAAAGACAAAAAUGAUUGCUCAUUUAAAGGAUAAAAGUAAAAUUCGUCACAGAAAACGUUGGAGUCAGGUCAUGUACAUGUAUUAUUUACUUGGACAUCGUUUAAUGGAGUUACCAAUCAGUGUCGAUCGAAAGGAAGUCAUUGCGGAAAAUACCUUCCUAUUGACUCUUGAUGGUGAUAUUGAUUUUCAACCCGCAGCUGUGAAAUUAUUAGUUGAUUUGAUGAAGAAAAAUAAAAAUCUUGGAGCCGCCUGUGGUCGUAUUCAUCCCGUUGGAUCGGGUCCAAUGGUUUGGUAUCAGAUGUUCGAAUAUGCGAUUGGUCAUUGGCUGCAAAAAGCAACAGAACACAUGAUUGGAUGCGUACUCUGUAGUCCUGGAUGUUUUUCUCUUUUUAGAGGCAAGGCACUGAUGGAUGAUAAUGUAAUGAAGAAAUAUACAACCAGAUCUGAAGAAGCUAGACACUAUGUCCAAUACGAUCAAGGAGAAGAUAGAUGGCUUUGUACAUUGCUUCUACAAAGAGGCUAUCGGGUUGAAUAUUCAGCUGCAAGUGACGCCUAUACUCAUGCUCCCGAAGGUUUCAAUGAAUUUUAUAAUCAACGUCGUCGAUGGGUGCCUUCGACAAUAGCUAAUAUUUUGGACUUACUAAUGGAUGCAAAAAGGACAAUAAAAAUUAACGAUAAUAUUUCCAUGCCUUAUAUAUCUUAUCAGAUUCUUUUGAUGGGUGGUACGAUUCUUGGACCUGGAACUAUUUUCCUUAUGUUGGUGGGAGCUUUUGUUGCCGCAUUCAAAAUUGAUAACUGGACCAGCUUUUACUACAAUAUCAUUCCAAUUCUCUUCUUUAUGAUUGUUUGUUUUACAUGUAAAUCCAAUAUUCAGCUAUUAUGUGCGCAAAUAUUGUCAACGGCUUACGCGAUGAUAAUGAUGGCUGUAAUAGUGGGAACAGCACUUCAAUUAGGCGAGGACGGUAUGGGUUCUCCAUCGGCGAUAUUUUUAACAUCACUCUCGACAUCGUUCUUUAUAGCAGCUUGUCUUCAUCCUCAAGAAUUUUGGUGCAUUGUUCCCGGUCUCAUUUAUCUCCUCUCAAUUCCAUCCAUGUACCUUCUUUUGAUUUUGUAUUCCAUCAUCAAUCUUAACGUUGUCACCUGGGGAACACGUGAAGUCCAAGUGAAGAAAACCAAGAAGGAACUUGAGCAAGAGAAGAAAGAAGCUGAGGAAGCCAAAAGGAAAGCCAAGCAAAAAUCGUUACUGGGAUUUUUGCAAAAUGGAGCAGGAACAAAUGAUGAUGAUGAGGGUUCGAUUGAAAUUUCUCUUGCUGGAUUAUUUAAGUGUAUGCUUUGUACUCAUGGUAAACCAUCAUCGGAGAAACAACAACUUGUGGCAAUUGCUGAAUCUCUGGAGCAACUGGGCAAACGACUUGAUACAAUCGAAAAAGCUGUCGAUCCACAUGCUCAUAUAUCAGGCAGAAGACGUGCAUCUUCAGUGGGUUCAAGAACGGCUGAUCAUCUUGGUGCAAUUGGCGAAGACCCAGCCGAAGAUGAUGGUCGUGACAGUGAAACAGAAACUGUCGCUAGUCAAAAUACCGAGGGCAAUCGUGAAGGACACUUUCCAUCUCGUCCAUAUUGGCUUGAUGACGAUGGUCUCAAGAAUGGAGAAGUCGAUGUCCUCAAUCUUCAGGAGGAACAAUUUUGGAAGGACCUUUUAGAAAAGUAUCUUUAUCCCAUCGAUGAAGACAAAGCUGAGAAGGCAAGGAUCGCCAAUGAUUUGAUCGAGCUAAGAAACAAGAGUGUCUACGCAUUUUUAAUGUUCAACACUUUGUUCGUAUUGAUUGUAUUCUUAAUGCAGCUGAACAAAGAUAAACUGCACAUUGUAUGGCCAUUCGGGGUCAAGACGAACAUCACCUUCAGUGAAGAAUCUAAGGAGAUUCAUAUUUCGAAAGAGUACUUGCAACUCGAGCCAAUUGGUCUUGUUUUUGUGUUCUUCUUUGCUCUUAUUUUGGUCAUCCAAUUCACUGCCAUGUUAUUCCAUCGAUUUGGAACUUUGGCUCACAUUUUGGCCAGCACAACUUUGAGCUGCAAAAAGACCAAAGAUCUAUCAGAGGAGGCACUGCUUUCGAAACAUGCAGUGGAAAUAGUGAGGGACUUGCAAAGAUUAGAUGGAAUAGAGGGCGAUUACGAUGAAGGUAGCGGAAGUGGUCCUGGAAGACGAAAAACAAUUAGAAAUUUGGAAAAGAGUCGCAGAAAAACACAAGCGAUAAAUACUCUCGAUGUUGCGUUCCGUCAACGAUUUUUCAGUAUGACAGAAGGCAAUGGCCUGCCACGAAAUAUGUCAACGAGAAGAUCAACGAAGGCGUUCAAAGCAUUCGAGGGACGUCGCAAUAGUAUCAUAGCAUUAAGAAGAAAAUCUCAAAUGCAAACAUUGGGAGCUAAUAAUAUUUAUGGAGCUCCUGGAAAUCCUCUUGGAAUUCAAGGACGUCCAACAAGAAGUAGUCAAAUUUCCGUAAAGGAUGUUUUUGAAGGUCACAGUGGCCACGUGAACGCUGCCUAUGAAGCUGACGAUAGUCCUGGAAAUAGUUUGAGGCUUCAACCCUUGGCAGGCCAGGUCACAUGGCGAGAUCCAAAUUCAAAUCUAUAAAAAAAAACAUACUCAAUUUUUUGCAAAGAAUUUAUAUAAAAUUUUUACCGAAUCAAUAUCAGAAUUCCGUAAGAAAAAGAGAAGAACAAUUUUAUAUUUAGAAAAAAAUUAAUGAUUUUCUUUUUUUUAAAAAAAACCAAAAAAAAAAAAAGAAGACAUUACUUUUAAGUCAGAGACUGAAGUUCGUUUUAUAAAUACUGCAUUUCUUCAUAAUAUUUUUCUUUAUUUUCAAGAUGUACUUAAUGUAUCACUCAUACAUAGUUGUUUAAUUUUUGUAGUCUUGUAAAAUACUUUUUUUUGGCGCUGUAUGUACUUAUAUAUUUUAAAGAAGCUCAAUAUUUUUCUUUUUAAAGAAAAAUAAAAAAACAAUUG